AAUUGGAGACCAACCAUAUGCUUGCCAGUAUAUAAGUAGUACUACCCAAGUUACUAGCUGGAUUUCUCCCCAAAAAUCCACAAUCGCAGCAGUCCAUCAGCCAAAGUUUUAAGCCACCAAAAGGCUUUCAGAAUUUGCAGAUUUUGCAUCUAUCCACAACCCAAUAGAAUCCAGCUCUCGAACCAUAUAAAGUUCGAAACUUUAAGAAUUGCAGGUCUCAAAAUUGAAGAUGGAUAUAAUAUCCCAACUGCAAGAACAGGUGAACACAAUCGCAGGCCUUGCCUUCAAUACCUUUGGGACACUUCAAAGGGAUGCUCCUCCAGUUAGGUUGUCUCCUAAUUAUCCAGAACCUCCAGCUAAUCCUCCUAGUGCUGCGGAGGAUGCAGCUAGCCUUGCUGAGCAACCGAAGCUCAUGAGUGCUGCACUUGUCAAGGCUGCCAAGCAGUUUGAUUUGUUGGUGGCUGCCCUUCCGUUAGCUGAGGGAGGCGAAGAAGCUCAACUGAAAAGAAUUGCAGAACUUCAGGCUGAAAAUGAUGCCGUAGGCCUAGAACUGCAAAAACAACUGGAAGCUGCGGAGAAUGAAUUAAAGCAAGUGCAGGAGUUGUUCAGGCAAGCAACAGACAACUGCUUGAACUUAAAGAAACCAGAUUGAAGGCUACGCAAAUUUUCAUUAUAAUCGUGAUGAACAUUUUUGUAGCAAUCUGUUCAGCAGCUUUGCACCCUGCUCAUUAGAACAUCCAUUCCUCUUUUGUAGCUUAUAUUGUCCUUUUUUAGAAGGUUCAGGAUUUUGUCUGUCAUGAUGUAUUAGAGGAUAAUUAGUAUGGAGGAUGGGGUAUUUGCAGAUCAACUUGUAAUGUGAUUGUGUCAUAAGCAAAUCAUUUUAGGUGUUGGAUCUUAUCCAUCGUCUUGUAACAGACUUUUUUCUGUCA